GCUGGCGCCAGCACCGACUACGCCAAGGGACUUUGUUCCAGUUCCAGCACCCUCGCAGGAUACAUUCCCUGCUGUGUCGCUGGACGCCAACGUCAACCUCGAGGUGGGGGAGCUGCCGAUGGCCAAUCCCGUGAGGAAGAAGAAGCGCCCGGCACCGGAGAAAGACUCGGAUCGAGCCAAGCGCCCAAG